AUGUAUGAAAGACAUAAAAUUGCACUGAGGAAUUUAAUAAACGCAAACGCUGUUGGAGUUAAAAUUCAUGAUUUGACAAAUUAUCGUGAUAUUUUAAUUGUAUGCUGUGAACGUAUCAUUCAACUGCCUGAUGUUUAUCAUCAAAGUUUAAUUGAAUUGAUCAAAUUAUGCGGGAAUCCAUUUGUAAAGUAUGCCAGUUCAGAUGAAGUGAAUUAUUUCAAUUCAGCUGUUGAUUUCAUGAAUCAUUUUGGAUAUCUUCUAUAUGUGAAAGAUGAAGAGAUCUGUUUGGCUAUUUGUUAUGCAUUAGAAAAAUUCUAUUUGAUGCAGGAACCAUUGAUUCAUAUACCUGAAGAAUCAACGAUACGGUAUACUUCAAAAAAGUUUAAUCAAAAUAUUAUACAUCAUAGUGAUAUUAUUGAAUGUUUACUAAAGAGUUAUUGUGAAACUGAUAAGACUGAUGUCAUUCGUUUAACACUUCUCAAACUGAUGGAAAGAUUAACGAAACAUUCAGAAUUUUGUUCAAAUAGAAUCAUUACAAAAUUAGGCGGUCAAAUUAUCUGUGAGCGAAUAUCAUUACCAAUUUCAUCUAAUGAAUUACUCUCUUGGUCUAUAUCAAUUCUAUGGAAUUUAAUUGAUAAUACUACGAGUGAAAAAAUGAAAAUUGAAUGGACUAUACAACUUGGAAGUGAAGAUUGUUUACUGAAACUUCGAGAUAUAUUCUUUACAUUAUUGGCUCAAAGUCAUUCAAAACUUUAUCGUAAUCUACGCAAUGAUGUGUUAACAAUAAUUAUGUUAAUCACAAAGCAUGCUAAUAUCUAUGGUCAAUCAAAUCGAGUACGUAUGGUUGAAUCUGGUCUAGUCAGACGAUUGGUACACUUGUUAACAUUUGAUGAAUUUAGAUGUAUGAAUCCAUUGUUGAAAAACUUGAAAUUAUUGCCAAAUGACGAAAAUUUCGAUAUGAAAAAGUUGAUUAUUUCAAUACUUGUUGAAGUAUCCAAUGAUUCAGCUGCAAUCUAUACAAUGUCUAAGUCUGGCUUGAUCAAAGGUCUAUUUCAAUGGAUAUGUCCAAUGAUACAAACCAAUGCAAUAAACUUACAAGAUGGAUAUAAACAGGAAGAAAAUUAUUCAAAUUUUCCUAAAUACAACAUAGUUAACCAAGAUGAACAUCAAAGAACCAGAGAUUCACAAUUGAAAUAUCAUUCUAUUCAAAAUGUUGACUCUACUACUACUACUACUACUACUACUACUACUACUACUACUACUACUACUACUACUACUACUAAUAAUAAUAAUAAUAAUAAUAAUAAUGACAAUAAUAAUAAUAAUGGUUUAUUAUCUGAUACAAAAUUAGAUGAGAAGAAGUUGGAAGUGUCGAAAAUUAUCAACACUAAAAACUCAAAGAGAAUGAAUAGUUCAUUAGAUAAGAAAGAUAAAUCCUUGGUAUUAUCUAAGUAUGAAGUUGAUCAAUAUGCUACAGAUGAAGAUAAACAAGAUAUUGAUAUAUUACGUAAAUGGCCACAAGCCUAUUUAGAAGAGCUUCAUUUGUAUAUGCUUGAUGCAUUAGGAAUUAUAGCACCACAUUUAUUAGAUGAUUGUAUUAUCUAUGAAAUUCCAUCAAGAUUGUUAAUCUUGUUACAAUGGUGUAUUAAUUCAGAACCAUUUCUAGGACAAGGGAACAGUUUUCAUGGUGCUGGCGGUAGAAAUAGUAAACGAGCACAAUUACGUUAUUCACUACGCUUAAUCAGAAGUCUUGUAGAAACAAAUGAUGAACGUAUUAUCCUAGAUUUUGUCUGUCAUGGUCUAAUUCAAUUGUUAACACCGAUAAUUUAUUCAAUAUCUUCAAAAAUGAGAUCUGAUCAACCACAUAAUGAAUUAUUAAAACUUAAUAAUCAAAUGGUAACAAGACAAUAUCGUAUUCAAGAAGAUACUACUGAAAUACUCAAUUCAGGAUGUUAUCAAAAUGAACAGAAAAAUGUUAUAAAUAUACAAGAGAAUAUGGAAGAAGAUAUGAUAGGAUUAGAAAUGCAAUGUGAUGUACUGUUAAUAUUAUCGAAACUCUGUGGAAAUGUACCUGAAAGGAAACAGAUGAUUGGUACAGAUGGUAUUAAUUCAAUAAUUAAAUUACUUAAACAAUUAUCCAAUCGAUUUGCUACAAUUGAAUCUGUUCAAUAUCGUUUAUUAACUCAACCAAACAAUAAACUAUCCUAUUUACCAUCAACUGAAUUGGGGAUGUUACAUCGUGAACCAUUAAUCGAAUUGGCACAUGCUCUAAUUGAAGCAAUAUGGUGUUGUAUAAUUGGUUCUAAUAAUUGUGAAGAUUAUUUUUUAAUGAAAAAUGGAGCAACAUACUUGCUUAAUUUAUUAGAGUGGUAUCCACUUGAAUCUGUCAAUUAUCUUCUGGGUUGUUUAGUCGAUUUAACAGAGAACUAUAAAUGUCUAUCAUAUUUAUCAUGUUGGUCUGGUAUUCGUCCUCUUAACGAAACUGAAGAUCAUAUUGAUAUAUACAAUCAAAGAAGACAUUCAAUGAAUGAUUUAGAAUUAACUACAUCAUUAUUAACAAAAUCACCUGAUUUAGUUGUUUCAACUAAACUACACAAAAUCCUUACAAAUACUAAUAAAAUUAUCACUUCAUAUAAUAAUAAUAAUAAUAAUAGUAUUAAUAAUGAAAAUAAGGAAACAGUAUUGAUUAAUAAAACAGAAGAUAACCUAAUUCCAUAUGAUAUAGACAUAGAACAAGAUUCAAUUCAUGUUUGGUUGAAUGGACCAAGUUUAGCACAAUUAUUAUGUUAUAUAUGGAGAUGGGAAGAGAAAAGAAUGAAAGUAAGCGAUGAAAUAAGCAGGAAUCAAUAUGGAGAAGAAAACGGAAACGGAAACGGACCCUCAACAUAUUACAGUCCAAAUAAACAAUGUGACAGUCUCAGAAUGAAUAUAUACGCUUUAUUCUUACGGUUAGGUUUUAAUAAUCAAGAAAAUCUUUCACCAAAAGAUCAAAUUACAUUGAAGAAAAUUGAAUCAUAUUUUGAUUUGAAAAUCGGUGAAAUUUGGAGAAAUAUAGAGAAAGAAUUUACUAGUAGACAAUUCAGACCAAUUACACCAGAUAAACAGAUGAUAUCAUCAGUUUUAAUUUGGUAUAAAAAACAAAUGGAUAAGUUAUACAAUGAAGAAAAGGAAAUAUUGAAUACAUCAAAAAUGGUAAUAUUAAGUGAAGAACAAAAUUAUUAUUCAUUUAUAAGAAAAGUAAUAAGAAAUCAUGAUUUCGCUAUGAAUAAUUAUCAUGAUUAUUUAUUAAGGACAUCUAAUUAUGAAUAUUUAAAAGAGGCGCAUUUAAAACAACUAUCUGCUAUUAAUGCAUCACGUAUUGAACCAUUGAACAAAAUGAAAGAAUCAAAAAAUCGAAUUUUAACAAAAACACCAUUAGAAUUGGAUGAAACCAUUGAAAAUGGUAAUAAUAAUGUUGAUGGUAUACCAAGUAAUAAUUCAAUUCAAGCGACAGAAUCCAGUGUUUAUCAUAAAACAGACAUUGAUAAAUUGAACAUAACUGCUUUCUGUUCAAAAUCGAUUACAAUUGAUUCAACACCGAAACACUUAUUUAUGCAUCCAACUAAACUGGAAAAGGAAUUGCUUGAUAUUGUUGAAGUAAAACAAUCAACAGUUGAAAUUGAUAAAGAUUGAUUGAACAAAGUUAAAAUGAAUUCAGAUAUUUUAUGUUGACUGUUUUGUUAGCCUUAACAUUUCAGUUUCGUUUAACUAUUUCGUUUUGUUGUUUGACAAAAGACGUCGUCAUGAAGGUGUAGAACAAAUAACUAGAACUAAUACAGUUAACUAUAUC